CAGACCUGCUUUUCUCUAGCCGGUGGGGAAAGGAAGCAGACUUUGUUCCUAACUCUCCCUGCUUGACACUAACUUGUGUUAGGGACCAAGUUAAAAGCGUGCAUUUUUAUUCCCUUUCUACCCCACGUCAACACAGAGGGAGACAUUUUUGUGACCACCGGGUGACGAUAACCAUGAAGUGGGGCUGGGUGUUUUUGGGGGUGUUCCUAUCUUUGGGGACCCUGUCCUGGGGGGAGAAAGGCUUGCAGAUCCCCGAGUAUGACGGCAAAGACCGAGUCCAUGACCUCACCGCCAAGAACUACAAGUCCAUCAUGAAGAAGUAUGACGUGAUGGUGAUCUACUACCACAAAAAUGUGGAUGGGAACCGCAGUGCCAUGAAGCAGUUUCAGAUAGAGGAGCUGGCUUUGGAGUUGAUCACAAGUCCAGCAGCAAUUAUCUUUCAGCUUGCAGCCCAAGUUCUGGACGAUCUUGACGAUGAGGACAUUGGAUUUGGCCUGGUGGAUGAAAAGAAGGACUCUGCUGUUGCCAAGAAGCUGGGCCUGGAUGAGGUGGAGAGCAUCUACAUCUUUGCCGACAAUGAGAUCAUCGAGUAUGAUGGAGAGCUGGCCGCCGACACCCUGGUUGAGUUCCUCUAUGAUGUGAUUGAAGACCCCGUGGAGAUCAUUGACAACGAGCGUGAGCUGAAGGGUUUCCACAACAUGGAUGAGGUCAUCAAGCUGGUUGGAUAUUUCAAGAGCGAGAAAUCUCCACACUUCAUUGAGUACGACGACGCAGCAGAGGAGUUCCACCCCUUUGUCAAAUUCUUCGCCACAUUUGACCCCAAGAUUGCCAAGAAGCUGAAGCUGAAGCUGAAUGAAGUUGAUUUCUACGAGCCCUUCAUGGAGGAGCCCGUCACCAUUCCAGGAAAGCCCUACGUUGAGUCUGAGCUUGUUGAAUACAUUGAACAGCAUGACAGGCCCACUCUGAGGAAGCUUGAGCCUCACAGCAUGUAUGAAAUCUGGGAGGAUGACAUUGAUGGAGAGCACAUUGUGGCCUUUGCUGAGGAAGAUGACCCAGAUGGUUUUGAAUUCCUGGAAAUCCUGAAGGAGGUGGCUCGCGAGAACACUAAUAACCCCAACCUCAGCAUCAUCUGGAUCGACCCUGACAACUUCCCCCUGUUGGUGCCAUACUGGGAGAAGACCUUCCACAUCGACCUGUCUUCCCCUCAGAUCGGUGUGGUUGAUGUUGAGGAUGCCGACAGCGUGUGGAUGGAAAUGGAUGACAAUGACGACAUGCCCACAGCUGACGAGCUCGAGCAGUGGAUCGAGGACGUUCUGUCUGGGAAGAUCGACCCUGACGAUGAUGACGAUGAGGAUGAUGAUGAUGACGACGAUGAUGAUGAUGAUGAAGAUGAUGAUGACGACGAUGAUGAUGAUGACGACGACGAUGACGAUGAUGAUGAUGACGAUGAUGAUGACGACGACGAUGACGAUGAUGAUGACGACGACGAUGAUGAUGACGACGAUGAUGAUGACGACGAUGACGACGACGACGAUGAAUAAAUGUUCACUACCAUCCCUCACUUCACUAUGAAUUAGCCAGUAAAGGCAAAACCCAAAAGUAGCAACAUUUUUUUUCUAACACCUUGCAGUAAACACACUUUGUCUGUUUGCUUCCUGUAUGGUUUCCUGUAAGGGACAAACAUAAUGACCCGAUGCGAAACCUUUACUGUCUGUCAGGGAGGGAGAUUUUUAAAGGAGGAGAAGAUGUGCGUCUCUGUUAAUGAACAGGGUUGCAUUUUAAAAUGUCUUUGUUGUUCUAUUAAAAUAUGCUAAUCUCUCACCUCAGAGGGUCACAGUGAAUGUGAGCAAAGAGGCUAACAGAGGACAACUUCCUUGACAUUUUCUACCUAAUGUCUCCAAUUUACUGUAAUUCAAUGACAUGUUUUCUACGUGAUGAAGAGAAGAAGCAAACACUUUCUUGUACUAUUUUUAAUGAGAAUAAACCUAAACUCACUGGACAGUCUUAAGAUUAGUACAGUCUUGGAAAACUGCUAAAGUACCGGAUAAUAAAAAAAUUACAAAACAACUUGUUUCUGCUCUCAUAUUAAAAACUAAAGACAAAAAAUGUUUCUAAA